ACUGCCAGGCAUGGCAGGCAUGCCCCCACCCCCUCCCCCACUGCCAGGCAUGGCACCGGGAGGCAAUGGGGAAGAAAUAGUCAUCGCCCACGUCAACUAUUCUCUCGGCUAUGCCAGGCCCUUCCACAAGAAGGUGAAGACUCCAACUUUAAGGAUGAAGAAACUCAACUGGCAGAAGCUGCCGACCAACGUGGUGAGAGAAAGUCACUCUAUGUGGGCAUCAGUGACUAGCAGCAGCGAAGAAACCAUAGAGCCCGAUUAUACGAGCAUAGAACAACUCUUUUGUUUUCCCCAAACAAGCCCCAAGGAGAAAGCCACUGCCCCUGUCAAAGCAGAACCAAAGGAGAUCACGUUCUUAGACUCCAAGAAAAGUCUCAACUUGAAUAUCUUUUUGAAGCAAUUUAAAUGCUCAAAUGAAGAGGUAGCUGAUAUGAUUUGGAAAGGGGACAGGACCAAGUUUGAUGUUGAGGUUUUGAAACAACUACUGAAGCUGCUACCCGAAAAGCAUGAGAUAGAAAACCUGAAAGCCUUCAAGGAAGAAAAAUCAAAGUUAGCUAAUGCUGAUCAGUUUUAUCUCCUCCUCCUUGGGAUUCCCAGCUAUCAACUGCGGAUUGAAUGUAUGCUAUUAUGCGAGGAGACUACCGUCAUGCUAGACAUGCUACAACCUAAAGCAGACACGAUCGAGAAAGCCUGUGAAGAUCUUCUUAUUAGCCAUCGCCUGCCUCUGUUUUGUCAGCUGAUCCUCAAAGUUGGAAACUUUCUGAACUAUGGAAGUCACACCGGAGAUGCUGAUGGCUUUAAAAUUAGCACUUUACUCAAACUAACUGAAACCAAAGCAAACCAAACCCGCAUUACUUUGCUGCACCACAUUCUGAAGGAAGUAGAAAAUAAUCACACGGACUUACUGGAGCUUCCCAAGGACCUUGAAUGUGUUGCAAAGGCAGCAGGAAUUAACCUGGAAAUUAUACGUACAGAAUCCAAUUCCCAUUUAAAUAAGUUGGAAGAACUUAAGAAAAAGUUACAGGCCUCGAGCGACGAUGUGAAAGCACAGUACGAGGCACCCAUCGAGGACAGCAUAAAGGCAUCACAGAAGCUGCAGGAGACAUUUAAUACCAUUGACAGGAAAAAGGAGGAACUUGCCAACUAUCUCUGUGAAGAUCCAAACAAAUUGUCACUGGAAGAUAUAUUUAGCACCAUGAAAACCUUCAGGGAUCUUUUCAUCAAAGCACUUAAGGAAAACAAGGACAGGAAGGAACAAGCUGCAAAGGCAGAAAAGAGGAAGAAACAGCUGGAGGAGGAAGAAGCUAAGAGACAGACAGGAGAAAAUGGAAAGAUAAUUAAGAAGGGGGCAGUAAAGCAGGAGGAGGUGUGCAUUAUUGAUGCCCUACUGGCUGACAUACGGAAAGGCUUCAAGCUACGGAAAACAAAGAACAGGGGAGAGUCAGACACUCCACCUAAAACAACGCCAGCAGGCACCCCGGAGGGAGGGCAACCAGGGAAAAGUGCUAAUGAUGUAAAAGAAGUGGGAAAGGAAAGCAUUUGCGAGACCAAACAAAGUGAGGACAAUCACUCAGAAUACACUCCUGCCCCAGAUGCUGCUUCUGCCACCAUUAUGGGCCCUGGUAAAGAUGAAGUACAGUUGUCUGCUUCAAACCAGCCACCUCCUGAAGACAACGCUGGAGGAAAUUUGCCACAACAGCCCUGUACUCAAGGAAGCUCCUUUAGUUCAGCAGAUGCUGAUAGAGUCUCCCAGCCAAAGGAUGGAGUAAGCAUCAAGGGGAAGAAUGACUCGUACAGCUUUCCAGAGAACACAGAACACAAAACCAGCGUGUUUUCUCCAUGUAACAUAGGAGCAUCUAUACAGUUUGCAAGCAGCUAUUCAAGCCAUUGUACCAGGUUAAAAGAUGAAACAGAUGCACCUAGCUUAGGGGAUAAGGAUAGCAAAUCUGAACUAACUGUCUUAGGAAGUGGUAAAAUAGCUGAACAGACAUUGCUGCCCAGUGACACCUGUCAAAGUGAGACUAAAAUCAAAGUUGAACCAGCACCUGAAAAUGCUGAAACAAUUCUGACUACCAAGUCAAGCUCCAAACAGGUAGACAUCAGGGAAACAGCAAAAAAAAAUGAAGAUCCCGAUGAAGAGUCAUUGCUGGACACCUCUCAGGAGAAAUCCCUCUCAGAAGAACCAACAACAGAUUCUUCCUGUUCAGUUCCUCCAGGACAGGGACGUGCUGACAAGGAAGGGCAGAAAGGGUCUGGGAAACAGAGGAAGAAGAAGAGGCACAGCAAAAGCCAGCCAGGUAUCACAGCAAGGCAGAAAAAUAAAUAAAGGAAGACAAAGCAACCUGCUCACAAACCCAUGCAAUGCUGCCGUUCCCUGGGAAGCGAGUGCCGUGGGGCUGAAAUUCCUCUAUUAAUAACGAUUGCAAUGAUGGAAUGCAAAGCUUCUUCUAAAGCAGUCUCACUAAUCGCUCUUUGCAGAAUCUGUAUCUAGCAGACGGACUCCAGAUGAAAGAGACUUAACUGUUUUCAGUAUGUGCCUUAGGGGAGAGGUCUGCAAGGGUCUGGUACUGUAAGUGCUCCAUGCCCAGAACUUCUGAAGCAGAUGGGAUUUGUGUGUGGAGGGCCGAUAGAUUCAAGCCCCUGUUAAACUUUGCUUUGGGCCAAACCCUCCAAUCUGUUUGCAGGCCAGAUUCCUGUUGAGAAUUGUGGGAGUGCAGAUAAAGAAAUGACUGCAGCAGUGAGCACUUAGUGUCUCCAAAACUGAAUUGUGUAAAGCAAGCACUUAUUGCACUCUCACUAGUAUCCAGCUGGAUCUGUCUUACUGCCCCACUCCAGGGACCUCCCAACACCAGUAACUGAUGUUGGAUCUAUUCAGGUGAACUCAGUACCAUUGUGGUCAUUUGAGGUAGAGGGAUAUCUGUCAAAGGAAAGGAUUACUGUAGUGAACUCCAAAGGCUCAGUCCUGCAACAACUCAUACAUGGUUAACUUUAAGCAUGUGGAUGGUGCCAUUGAUGCUCUCACAUGCAUAGACAUGGGCAUAAACUCUUAGUGGAUGACAGCAUAAAGUUUCUAGAUUGUGAAAACAACAGGAGAAAGAGCUGAAUAGAUUGUACUAGAAGUCAUGUCAUUUGGCAUAUCCCUGGUUCUGCAUUAGCAAAGACCUGUGGAACAUUUAGAGUCUGCUUCAUGGUGAAAGGCAGUUAUACAAGUUUUGCUUUAACAUUACAAGCCUGCAGUAUUGUGUUUU